GAGAGAGAAAUACAGAGCGAUACAGUGAGAUGGCAACUACCAGUCUUGCCCUGUAUAAAUUCGGGCAGGAGCAUCCAAAACUCUUGCCAACGGAAAAUACUAAACAAAUUUCUCACUAGAUAUACCUCAUGGGCCAUUUCUCAUAUUCUGCAACCAACUACCCUUCAACUUUAACAUGAUGAUGAUUAGUACCCCAACCUAACAUUCUCUCUCUCUCAUACUUUACUAUCGUGGUUAUCGUCACAUGCCCCCAUCCUCUCUCUCAUUACGACUUUACACCUCUGUUCUUUGAUGUGUACCUGCCACACUCUUACACUGAUUUCUUUUCCUUUCUCGGCUGUCUUGCUCUAACACCUCUCUAGCACACUCAAAAAAAAAAAACAUCGGUAUAACUAAAUUCUUGUUAUCCUACUACUGCUAGAACAAGAAAACCCAAGAAGAUUCUUCAUCACUUUGUUGGGGUAGAAUUGCUUCAAAAUGGAUGCAUCUGACAUAGAUAACAAACCAGAGACCACCCAGGAGGCAGAGUCCAUAGCCGUUGAUGAUUUGGUGAUUGCGAAGGACCAGAACACCAAUCCUGCUGAGGACUUUGCAGAUGAGGAUCACGAGAAUUCGGAAAAUUUGGACGUGGGUUUGGAUCCAGUGGCUGAAACUGAGCCUUCUCUUGACUCAACCAAGCCUGUGGAAUCACUUUCUGAAGAGCUCGUUCAAUUUACAGAAGACCCAGUUGAGAUUGAGCAGUCAUUGGGUGAGGCCAAUGGAUUUUCCGAGGCUGUGAUCGAUUCCGUGUCCGACGAGAUUGAUUCGGUGCCGGGUCAGAAUGGGUAUUCUGACCCGACACCGAGUCAGGUACUGGAGGAAGUUGACCCGGCCUUGAACGAGACCAACGGGGUCUCUUCCAAGGAAACAACGUUGCCAGAUUCGAUGAUUACUAAAGUUCCCAAGACAGUCGAUGUUGGAGAAACUGAUGUGACUGAAGUUCUUCACAGCACUGAAAAUCAGGGUUAUGUAGCUGUGACUCCACUCCCACUGCAACGGACUUCGUGGAGGGAUUGCUGUGGAUUGUUUCAUAUUAUGAGGCGCUCUGAUCAGUAAUCUUUGGGAAAGGAGCAUCGUGAUGAAGUGCAGUUGGAGGACGUGCGCAGCGUAGGUUGUGAUGAUACAGGAUUUUCAUUGUUUUCUUUUGAAUGUACUACUACAUUAAGAGGCUCGUCGAAUUGAAUUAUGAUUGAAUUGCGUUGGAAUUGUACCUAAAGGCAGUGUUAGAGUAGAUAGGUGGCUCAAACCUGCUGUGGUUGUGGAGUGAAGUGUCUUUUAGUUUUUUUUUUUUUUUUUUUCCCCCGCUAUACAGCGUGUAUUUACUAUUCAUGUAUUUGUUGUGGCAGAUUUGAGAGGAUGAUUUGUGAUUUGAAUUUGACA